AGCAGAGCCGAAUUGCCUGGCAUGUGGCGGGGGCCCGCAACUAGGGCUUGGGGUGCCUGCUUGGAGCACUUCGGGCAGGUCUCUCCCAAAUACUGCAACAGGAAGGGAAUAGUGACGGUGUCAGCUAACCCUGCAACUGGCUUGGCUGAUCAGCCCGCGAGGAUAGCGGUUUGGGGGCUAGCACCUUCGCAGGAAGUAACCCUCCGAGCGCUGGUGGUGGAUGGCCAUGGCAGGCUGUUUGACUCCUGCGCCCACUAUCAAGCGGAUACUCAAGGAAAGGUAGAUUUGUCCAAAGAUUCGUCUCAGGGAGGAGACUACAUUGGAGUGGAGCCCAUGGGGCUAUUUUGGAGCCUCUCCCCUGCUGCGAUGGAGAAACCUUACCACAGGCUGGAGCCCGGGCAGGUGAAAACUCCCCUGAAAGUGGACGUAUCUGUGCACCAGGGUUACAGCGCGCCUGCCGCCUUGCCUGGCCGCGUACUUGCCAGAGCCAGCAUGGAAAGGUGGUUCAUUCUUGCUGAAGUGCGAAGAAUUAGACUGAAGGAAGGCGUAGUAAGAGGAAGUUUAUUCCUUCCCCCAGGGGACGGCCCCUUUCCAGGGGUGAUAGAUAUGUUUGGUGAUGAAGGUGGGUUAGUUGAAUUUCGAUCAAGCCUCCUGGCUACCCAUGGCUUUGCUGCUCUUUCCCUGCCAUAUUUCAAUUUUGAGGAUCUCCCUCAGGUCAUGGGGGAUUUUCAGCUUGAGUACUUUCAAGAGGCAGCUAGGUUUUUGCUACACCACCCAAAGGUUAAAGGGCCAGGAGUUGGUGUUGUUGGAACAGGAAAAGGAGCAGAAUUGGCAUGUUCCAUGAUGACCUUCCUGCCAGAAGUAGUGGCUGCUGUCUGCAUUUCUGGCUGCAGUUCCAUCACAAUGAGUACCCUCCAUUAUGGCAAGCUGACUCUACCUGGACUCUGCUUUAAUAUGAGUAAAAUCAAAAUUUCCGAGGAUGGUGUGUUUGAUAUUUAUGAGGCCUUGGAUGAUCCAAAGGACCCAGCUAAUUCAACCUGCCGCAUCCCUAUAGAAAAAGCAGAAGGCAACUUCCUUUUUGUGGUAGGGGAGGAUGACCGCAACUGGAAGAGCUCUUUGUAUGCAGACAUAGCCAUUGAGUGCCUACGCAAUCAUGGAAAGGACAACUUUACCCUCUUGAGCUAUCCAGGAGCUGGUCAUCAAAUUAACCCAGCCUUUUCUCCAGUUUGCCCUAUAGCUUUGGACCGUGUUCUAGGAGUACCUAUUCUGGCUGGUGGAGACAACAGAGCUCAUGCAUAUGCUCAAGAACACUCCUGGGGGAAGAUUCUGGAGUUUCUGCACUUUCACUUGAGAUGAGAUAUUUCAAAUACUUUAAUACUGAGAGGAGAGAAAGAUGCCAAAGAGCAAAAUGAAUCUCAAGGAUUGACUUGGAAGGAAGGACAGGAAGAGCUGAAAUAUGUCACAUGUGCAUUGUUUGGCAGUUUGGAUGAGAAGAUAAGAUGAGACUGUUUUCAAGAUGAGACUUGUUUACAGAAAAGUAAUCUAAAAUACUGAGAUGAAGAACUGCAUUGAUGGAUAAGCACAAGUACUGUGUGAGUGUAUGUUUCCAAGAACAGAUGUUUGUAGAAUAUAUAGAAUAGUGGGCCUUGUUUAUGUUAACAUUUACAUUUUGGUCAGCUUGUGAAAAAUUAAAAUUGCAUCACUGCUGCAGACCAUCACCACAAAAUGGUUAGACCACUGUGUGUCUCUUCAGCAUCUAGCUGUAGGCCUCUGUCUUCUACAAAUCUGGAAUAUGAUUCUCUUUGCCAGUGUAAAAUCAUGAUUGCCAUCAGCAAACACAGCCUGUUUUAGCACUUGAAGAAAGAACAGAUGGUUUAUAAACCACAGAGAUUAAAGGCACACACAACUUGUACUCCCUACUUUAAAUCGAAAGCUGUGAUUCCCUGUGGACAUAGAGUGGGACUAUUCUGUUCUUGACAUUUUUUUAGUGAAAGACUUACAUACAUUGGAAAUCUUUACAGCAAACAAUUUAAGAACAAAAGUUCCAGUAUAGUCUGCAGUGGGAUUUUGCAUCUUUGUUGUAAAAAUGUUUUUAAUCCCACCUAGUUCAGU